UUCUCUCCCCGCUUUUGUCUGAGAAUCUCUCUCGCUUAAAGUUUUCAGUUUUUUCACUUCACUGAAACGAUUAACGAUAGAUAACUACAAAAACCAGUUUCAGCUUCUCCUUCUUCUCUAAAGAUGAGCUUCCAACCCUAAUUUUUUAUCCUUUUCUUUUAAUCACUCUCUCUAAUGGAGUUUUCUUCUUCUUAGUUUUCAAAUCAGACGCUUCUUCCAAGGUUCAUCAAGCUUUGUUUUCUUACUCUUCCGCACAAUGCCUAGGAGUGAUGGAGAUUCAAGCUCCGAUGUCUCUCCUUCUGUCGGUCUCUUCUCAGACAAUUCUUCUUCGGCAGAUCGAAUCUUUUUCUCAGGAAAUUCGAUUUUCGGUGAUUCGUUGGAUAGACGAAGGGGCAGAAUUUCAGGUCGAAAUGGACUGAACCUUGAAUCACAUACUUUGCCUGCUCAUCGCGGCUGGUUUCCAUGGAGCUCAGAUGCGGGAAGCAUCGAAGUAGCUGAUCGGGUUUCAGAUGAGAUGAAGCCGAAGCUGGUUCAGACUCCAAAGUCGUCUUCUUCUUCUGCUUCUGCUUCUUCCCCAUUUACUACAUGUCUUGACAGAAGCACUCGUCAUAUUAACAGCUCCUUGGUCUUUCGUUUGGUCAUAGUCAUUUGUAUUGUGACUGUUUUAUAUACAGUUUCUCUGCGAAUCCAAAUCGCAGACCUCCAGGGAGAGAUUAGUAGACUUUGUACUGGGAACAGUGUUGUUGGUCCUGACAACACAAGAAUUUUGCAGCCUCAAGUUUGUAGCUCAUUUUCAUAUUCUGGUAGUGGUGGCGGUAGAACUGUUGCUUUGUAUACCGUUGUCUUAAUGCUCAUGACACCAUUCAUUUUUUUGAAAUAUAUUGACCAUCUUCCCCGACUAAUGACUACCACAAGGAGGUCAAAGAAUUGCGAGGAGGUUCCCUUGAAGAAGAGAAUUGCAUACAGGGUGGACGUGUUUUUCUCUGUCUAUCCAUAUGCAAAGUUGUUAGCGCUUCUUUUUGCGAUUGUACUUCUUAUUGGGGUUGGGGGAUUGGCAUUGUAUGCUGUAGGUGAAUGCAGCCUUUCUGAGGCUCUUUGGCUUUCAUGGACUUUUGUUGCGGACUCGGGAAGUCAUGUCAAUAGGGUUGGCAUUGGUCCAAGGAUUGUCUCUGUUUCUAUUAGUUCUGGAGGCAUGCUGAUCUUUGCAAUGAUGCUCGGCCUUGUCUCUGAUGCAAUCUCAGCGAAGGUCGAUUCACUGCGAAAGGGGAAAAGUGAAGUCAUUGAGAUGAACCAUAUAUUGAUCCUCGGAUGGAGUGACAAGUUGGGUUCACUUCUAAAGCAACUUGCUAUAGCAAACAAGAGCAUAGGUGGUGGCGUAGUUGUAGUGCUUGCAGAAAGAGACAAGGAAGAAAUGGAAGCGGAUAUAACAAAGCUAGAAUUUGAUUUCAUGGGGACCUCUGUUAUUUGCAGAAGUGGCAGUCCUCUUAUCUUAGCUGACUUAAAAAAGGUAUCAGUUUCUAAGGCACGUGCCAUCAUUGUGUUGGCAACUGAUGAAAACGCAGAUCAGAGUGAUGCACGUGCUUUAAGAGUUGUAUUGAGCCUGACUGGAGUGAAGGAAGGUUUGAAGGGUCAUAUUGUUGUAGAGAUGAGUGAUCUUGAUAAUGAACCUUUAGUACAGCUUGUUGGAGGGGAGCUCAUUGAAACAGUUGUUGCACAUGAUGUGAUUGGACGUCUGAUGAUCCAAUGUGCUCUCCAGCCAGGCCUUGCACAGAUAUGGGAAGAUAUCUUAGGAUUUGAGAAUGCCGAGUUCUAUAUCAAAAGGUGGCCUCAGUUAGAUGGUCUGCGAUUUGAAGAAGUACUGAUUUCAUUCGCUGAUGCUGUACCUUGUGGUGUGAAGGUUGCUGCAAAGGGUGGCAUGAUCAUGUUAAAUCCAGAUGAUGAUUAUGUUUUAGAAGAAGGAGAUGAAGUCCUUGUUAUAGCGGAAGAUGAUGAUACUUAUGCACCAGGCCCUUUACCAGAGAUUCACAGGGGCUUUUUCCCUAACAUUUUCAUCCCUCCAAAAUUUCCGGAGAAGAUACUAUUUUGUGGCUGGCGCCGUGACAUUCAUGAUAUGAUUAUGGUCCUAGAGUCAUUCUUGGCUCCAGGUUCAGAACUAUGGAUGUUUAAUGAGGUUCCAGAGGAGGAAAGAGAGAGAAAACUGACUGACGGUGGGCUUGAUCUUAGAGGAUUGGUGAACUUAAAGCUUGUACACAGGGAAGGAAAUGCUGUCAUCCGGAGGCAUUUAGAGAAUCUUCCAGUAGAGACAUUUGAUUCUAUUUUAAUUCUUGCAGAUGAAUCUCUGGAGGACUCAAUUGCGCAUUCUGACUCACGAUCUCUGUCUACUCUUCUCCUGAUCCGUGAUAUUCAGUCCAAGCGUCUUCCACAUCGAGUUGCAAAAUCGCCUCCUCUGCGUCAUUGUGGAUUCUCUCACAGCUCUUGGAUCCGCGAAAUGCAGCAAGCCUCAGACAAAUCAAUAAUUAUUAGUGAGAUCCUGGAUUCAAGGACUAGAAACCUGGUGUCUGUCUCGAGAAUUAGUGAUUAUGUGCUGUCGAAUGAGCUAGUGAGUAUGGCACUAGCAAUGGUAGCUGAAGACAAGCAAAUCAAUCGGGUACUCGAGGAACUCUUUUCUGCAAAGGGGAAUGAGAUGUUUAUCAGGCCAGCAGAAAUCUAUCUGUUUGAGCAGGAAGAGUUGUGCUUCUAUGAUAUAAUGAAGAGAGGUCGACAAAAGCAGGAGAUUGUGAUUGGUUAUCGCCUAGCAACAGAGGAACGUGCCUUUAUCAAUCCUUCGCACAAAGAAAAACCACGAAAAUGGUCCCUUGAUGAUGUUUUUGUUGUCAUCUCUCAGGGUGAAUGAAGAAGAUUGCAAUAUAUUUGCUGCAACAUUCGAUUUUUCCUUGAAACGGUAGCUUUGGAGCCAUUUAUUUUGCUAAUCAUUCUGCCACUUCUGUUUCUUGUGGCACUUGCAUCUCUGCUACUGUUCAACCUUUUCUUGGUACCUAUUCAUUGGGUGUGGGGGAAAAUAGGAUUUAAUUUAUUACUUGGAAUGGAGUAGUGCUAGGUGUUGAAUAAAAUUCUGUAACUUCAAUGGGAGAAGAAACCUCCACAAUUGAUUGAUAUAUAAUUGUUAAUCGGAAACAAAUUGUUGCGGCUGUAGAAACAGGACUUUUAAAUGGAAGUUGUAGCUAGGCCUUCUUUGGUAACUAGCCCACUACAAUGAUAUUAACAGUUUAUUUGGGCACAAGGGAUAAUGUGUCCUCUCCUUUUGUAUGAACUGAAAAAUAUUUCUUGGAAAUUCAAUUUUUAUGAUGGAACUUGUUUUUA